AUGCCGGACAUCAAACGGACAGUCAAGCUCGUAACGCGCCAGCGUCCUAUCUCGGAGCCUUCACCCAUGGAGGGCUUCCCAAUGCGAUCAUGGAGUAUUGAGAUCUUCCUCGUGGACGACAAGGGCAACGAGGUUCAGGCGAACUGCUUCGAGAAGGCCGUGUACAACCUGCACCCGAGUUUCGAGAAGAACAAGCAGACUUUCAAGAAGCCCCCGUUUAGGAUUGAAGAGAAGGGAUGGGGAGAGUUCGACAUGACGAUUGUCCUCACAGGCGCGCAUAAGGGCGGAGACCACACGCUUGCGCAUGACCUCAACUUCCAGUCUGAGAAGUAUGAGGCGACGCACCAGGUGGUCUUCAGGAACCCGAAACCCGAUCUCGUGGCGUUGCUCGAGCAGUCCGGCAGUGACGCAAACGGUGUCCGCGGUAAGAGCGAUGCAUCGAAGAAGAAAGCUCGGAGGGACAAGGCGGUCGACAUGGAGAAGCUUGCAGACGGCCUGCAGAAGCUCAACGAGGAUGACCUUCUUCAUGUGGUCACACUGAUCCACGACAACAAGUCCAACGAGACAUACACUAAGAACGAUGUCGAGAAUGGCGAAUUCCACGUCGACCUCUAUACCCUCCCCGACUCGCUUGUCAAAAAUCUGUGGGACUUCACCUCCUCAAAGACCGAACUGUAG